AUGGCCCACAGGCGGUCGAGGCGGGGUCAAGGCCGGCCGGGCUCCAUCGGGGUAGUAAUCACUUACAAGCAGCUAUUGGCCCGAGCCACCCAGACUCCAUCACGAUGCCUUCAACUCGCCCUCCAAAUUACUGUUAGUAAAAGAGACAUCAGCUUCCUUGUCCUAGCACUCGCGCGGCAAGGCGGAGAGCUCACAUGGCUUCCGAUAGAUACGAUCCUAGGGCUUUCUCCAACCGCCUCGACAAAUCAAAUUCGUGAUGCCUACAAACGCGCCGCCCUCAAGACGCACCCAGACCGUGUAGCAGCCGAUGCGCCCGACCGCGCGGAGCGCACCCGUAAGUUCCAGCUAGUCAACGACGCCUACUAUACCCUCUCCGACCCUAUUCGGCGCCGGGAAUAUGACGAGCAGCGCAAGAUCUUCGGCGUCGGUGCCGACUCCGUUCCACCAUCGUCAGCGUCCUCAUCCUGGGGCGGCAGUGCAGCCUCAGGGGGGAGCGGUGGAAUGCCAGGCGGCUUCGAUAAUACCUCCGAUCCCUUUGCCGAAGCGGACGCCGGUGCGGGCGGCGCCGGCACCAGCCCCGCCGGCCAAGCGUUCUCCUGGGCAUGGAACUUUUUCACCAAGCGGAACCAGAGCAACAACGACAAUGGCCGCGCGCAGCAGGACCGUGAGCAAACGCAAAACGAGCAGUUCGCCGAUGUCUUCGAGGAGAUGUUGCGCGAGGAAGGCAUGGCGGAGCCUGACGGCACCAACCGACCAACGAACAAGUUCUGGAGCUUGCUAGGCGGAAUCAGCGGUGGCGCGCUGGGCUUCAUCGUCGCGAACGUGCCUGGUCUGUUGGCCGGCGUGGUUGCCGGGAACAGAUUGGGUGCUAUUAGAGACGCAAAGGGGAAGAGUGUCUAUGCUGUAUUUCAGGAACUCCCUCAAGACGACAAGGCGAGGCUACUCACCCAGUUGGCGGCCAAGGUGUUUAGCCAUACAGUGGGAAUCUGA